AUGAAAGCCUGCAAGCAGCUGGGGUCUUCAGAGAUCCUUACUUUAACAUCUGCAUUAAAGGAGGCUUUGGCAUGUCGCCUUUGCGAAAUAGCGCAAGCCCAAAGCCUGCCGCGCAGAAAAGUGCUAGCGCUCUUCAACUUCAUGGCCGAGUUGUGCUGGGCCAACUAUGUUUCACCUUCAGAGCAUGUUAUCCACCAAGCCAUUAUAUUCUUGCUGGACACUGCCAGGGCUUGCAGUAAUGCAGGGCAGAACGAUCCUGCCAGUUGGUAUGUUGAAGGUUGUGCUUACUUUGUGGCCAAAGUGGGAGAGAUUAUGAUGCUGAAUCCACUGGAAGUCUUCAACGUCCUGGAUCCGUUGUCAGCCCGUGUGGCCUGCUUAGCGCGACAGCUGCCCAGAAGAACAAUGCGCUUUAUUUGGAUCCUCUUGCAGCGGCGUCAGCGGUUGUGGCGUGGAGCACUAUAUCUCUCUGUAAGCUCCAACUAUUGGCAAGAAUGGGCACGUUCACGCUUGGUGCUGGUUGCCCAUGCGAAAGGCGAUCCACGUGCCUGUCCAUUGGCUGCGCUGCCAUGGCCAGCAUGCCAAGCAAUAAGGAAAUUCAUGUGCGAGCGCAACGCAUUUGACGCCGCAGAGGUCGUUUGGAAGAUUGCUGACGAGCCUGACAUGCCUUUCACAGACGAUUGGCUCAAAGACUUCAUCGAGCAACUGCCAGCAACACCCAAGGCACGGGAAGGCCGCUAG